UCUCUUUCUCUGAAGGUGGACACAGGUAAAUAUUUUUAUAUUCAAUUUGAAUUAUUAACUGUUGUCCUGCUUAAGUACCACGCCUUAAAGUUUCAUCUGAACAAUUGUUAACAAUUUUCCCUACAAUUGUUAAUCUGAUUAACUAAAUGGUUAAUUUAGUGACUAAUAUGUUUACUAGAAAUGUCUGUGAACAUAAAAAUUCAAUGUGAUUAAUUAAAACAUCGUAAUCAUUUACGUUUCUUUAUCAUCUCUCUUUCAUUUUUAUUUUCCUAUUUUUUGUUUUGUUUUGUUUUGUUUUUCUGGUUUCCUACCAAAAGUGAAUAAACCAGCAACUAAUAUAACAUCAUCAUCAUGACUUUAUUUAGAAUCUCAUCUAGUGUGAUCUUUACUUUUACUUUUCUUCUUCUAUUAUGUUGGUUAAAUGUUUCAGGUGAAGAAAUAUUGAAUCUCGAUGGCCAAUCUUUUGUGAUUAUGAAACUUGAAAGUUCAUCAUUCCAUGAUACAAUUUCAUUAAAAUUUACUACAAAUUCAGCCAAUGGAAAUCUCAUUUAUAGCCGUGGAACUCAAGGAGAUAUUUUCUCUCUACGAAUGCAGGAUAAUAAGAUUGUGUUGUCCCUUAAUUUAGGAAAUUCUGAUCAAAUUAACACCAUCACUGCCGGUAGCCUAUUAGAUGACUCAAAAGAGCACAACAUACUUAUAACCCGAAAUAAUCGUGAUCUCAAUUUAACUGUUGAUGACCAUACAGUUAAGCAUAAAAUAACUGGCGAUUCUGUGAGAUUAGAUCUUAAUGAUAAGUUUUACAUUGGUGGAUUACCUGCAAUCUCAAAUUAUCAUCAUGUUGUUAGAGAAAAUUUCACUGGAUGUAUUCGGGAUCUUCUUAUAAAUGAUACAAAUAUUGUCAAAGAUUUAACAACAGAAAAUUAUCUUGAUGCCAGCACCAAGCCUGGAAAUACUUGUUGGUUGAAAAAUCUUCCAUCCAUUACAUUCCGAGCAACUUCAGCUUACAUUAAAGUCGAUACACCGAUCAAUGAUGGAUUAGAUAUAAGUUUCGAUUUUCGAACCUUCAAUGAAGAUGGUGUUUUAUUGUUCCAUCGAUUUUCAACCGAUGGCUAUAUUGCUGCUUCUCUUAAUAAGAGAAAAUUAUUGAUUAACUUGGAAACACGGGAGACCAAUCGUUCAGCUUUACUUCUUGAACCAUUCCAUAAUAAGAAUCUAAAUAAUGGCUUUUGGCAUAAUUUACAAAUCAGUUUUAAAACAAAUCAAUUGAGAAUCAUUGUCGAUGGUCAAGAGUCUAUCACCCGAAGGAAAAUGUCAAUUCAAAGUGGUCAAUAUUAUGCAAUCGGUGGGGGUUGGUUCAAUAAGCCUGGUUUCAUUGGAUGUAUUCGUAAUCUUAAUGUUAGUGAUAUAUUGAUUGCUCUUGAUGAAUUGACUCCAGAUCGCAUAAUAUCAACUUAUCCUAGUGAUGUGUUUCAAAAUGCUUGUAAAAUGGUUGAUCGGUGUCAUCAGAAUCCUUGUGAACACAAUGGUAUCUGUAGACAAGAUCACGAAUCUUUUACAUGUGACUGUACAAAUACUGGUUAUACUGGUGCCGUUUGUCAUGUUCCUGCUUACUCAUUGUCCUGUGAUGCCUAUCGAAUUGAACAUCCCGUCCAACAGAAACAAAGUAUUAUGAUUGAUGUUGAUGGUAGUGGUCCUUUAGAACCAUUCCAAGUAACUUGUCAAUUUCAUGGUGAUCGAACUCAAACCUUCCUUCAUCACCGAAACGAAGCUCCAACUGAGGUUACUGAUUACGAAGAGCCCGGAUCAUAUCAACAAAAUAUGAUUUACAGUGCUGAUUUUGACCAGAUCACCGUUUUAGUGAACAAAUCGUAUACAUGCAAACAAUUUAUUAAAUAUGAAUGUAAAAAUGCGCGUCUUUUCAACACCCCGUAUACUUUACAGAAACAUUUUAAACCAUUCACUUGGUGGAUGAGUAGAAACAACCAGAAAAUGUCUCAUUGGGGAGGGUCACUUCCGGAAUCUCGUAAAUGUAAAUGUGGACUUUUUGGUAACUGUCGAGAUCCUUCCAAAUGGUGUAACUGUGACUCGAUGGGUAGUCACGAAUGGGGAGUUGAUGAAGGAGAUUUAACAGAUAAAGAAUUUCUGCCAAUUCGAUCAAUUCGUGUUGGUGAUACAAUCAAAGCGACACCAGAGAAAAGAGCUCGAUUUACAAUUGGACCUUUAAUAUGUGAAGGUGAUCAAAUGUUUGACAAUGUUGUUACUUUCAGACAACAUGACAGUAUCAUUCCUGUUCCCAUUGGGGAAAUUGGUUUCUCAUGGGACAUUUAUCUACAAUUCAAGACCACAGUUGAAUAUGGUGUUCUUUUGCACGCUCGAGGUCCAACUGAUUUUAUCAAAUUGACAAUCAUCUCAUCAAAGGCAAUACAAUUUGUCUUAGAUUGUGGCUCAGGUAGUCAAAAGAUUGAGGCUGAAACUCCUUACAAAUUAAGUGACGACAAUUGGCAUUCAGUUUUAGUCGAAUGGAAUCAAAAAGAGGCCACUCUUUCGAUCGACGGAAAAUUGAUGCACAAAGUGACCAAUAGUAUGACCAAACCCAGACCCAUGGAGUUGAAAUCGCCUUUGAUUGUCGGUGCUUCUGUUGAAGAGAAAGAAGGUUACCUGGGAUGUUUACGUGCCCUUUCAAUCAGUGGUCAAUUCGUUGACCUUGCAAGAAUUGCCAAAGAAGGUGACUCAGGAAGAUCCUUAUAUGGUAUAACUCCAGGCUGUGUUGGAAAAUGUCAAUCAAGUCCAUGUUUAAACAACGGAACCUGUUAUGAAAGAUAUUCUAGUUACAGUUGUGACUGCCAAUGGACAGCAUUCAAAGGCAGAAUCUGUGCCGAUGAGUUUGGUGUUAAUCUUAAAAGUGACAAUUUUAUCAAGUAUGAUUUUGAGACGACACUUUCAACUUUGGAAGAGUUCAUUAGAGUUGGUUUUACAACAACCGAAAACAAAGGUCUUAUUCUUGGCGUUUCAUCUUAUUCUGGUGAAUAUCUCAAUCUAAUGAUGUCAACCAGUGGUCAUCUCCGACUCGUAUUUGAUUUUGGCUUUGAAAGACAAGAAUUGAUUAUUAAAAAUGAAAACUUUGCCCUUGGCCAACAUCACGAUGUGAUAAUUAAAAGAUCUGAUCUUGGAAGACGAAUAACAAUUAUGGUUGAUGGAUACGAACCAAUUGUUUAUACUUUCAACAUUGCCGAUAAAGCUGACGCUCAGUUUAAUCGUUUGAAGAGUAUUUAUGUUGGUCGAAAUGAAACUAUGUCCACGGGCGAUGGUUUCGUCGGUUGUAUUAGUCGAGUCUCAUUCGACGAUCAUUUCCCAUUGAAGAGACUUUUCCAACAAGAUCGUCGAUCAAAUGUUUAUGCCUAUCCUGAUCUCGAUUCAGUUCGUGAGGACUCUUGUGGAAUCGAAUCAGUUACUCAUCCACCAGAGGAGCUUGAAACUCGUCCCCCACCAUUAGGCUCUCGAAGUGCAGCUCAAGGCGAUUCAGGGCCAGUCAUUGCAAUCGUUGGUGUAAUUGUUACCUUAAUUGUUGUAAUUGUUGUAUUAGCCUUAAUGUUUAGUGGCCGAUUCAUGGCACAUCAUAAGGGCGACUAUGUAACGCACGAAGAUAAAGGAGCAAGAGAUGCUCUGGAUCCCGACAUGGCCGUUGUUAUCGGCAAAACUGGACCUGAUAUAACAAAAAAGAAAGAAUAUUUCAUUUAGACACAUAACAAUUAAUUAUUAAUCAUCAUUAAGUCCAUGAUCUUUUUCAUCUCAACUUUCCUUAUCCUUUUCCCAUAUUUCUCAUCACCAUUUUGCACUUAAUUAUCUCCCUAAUUUUUUGACGUACCAAUUAGUGGUACAUUGUUAAUAUUACCGAUUAUUGUGUCGAGUUGAUUUGAUUGUUUCUUUUGAUUACAAACAACUCGCAGCUUUUUAAUCAAUGUUUUGUGACAUAUCUAUUUUUUGCCAAACCCUCACCGCCCAAACACCCACUACUAAUUACAACUCCGUCCAAACUAAACCUAUUAUGCUGAAUUAGCAUCAAUAAGAAUUACGGUAAACAAAAACAAAGCAAUCAAAGUCCAAUCAAGCAUCAAAAACACGCAUAUGAACACUAAUUGGAAGCAAUUAAGAAACAAAUCAACAACUAAACACAUUUUCACUCAAUCUCACAACUCAUAAUUUUUUAUACUUGAAUAAAAUUUUGUUAUUUAACUUCAAAUAAAA